GGAUGUAAUAAUGGGGAGGUGUCAGGUACAACAGAUGCCCCUAAGUAAUAGCUGCUGAAGUACAAACAUUAUUAGCAACCAGGUCGGGAUUUCAUGAUGACUAUCGAUAUAAAUAAGUUGAAACGAAACGUUCGGGGGCGUGCUCGGUUCAUCCUGUGCUUUAUCAUGGGAGCAAGCCCGCUGCUUAUCGUCCAGGUCUUCAACUUUCACCAGGGGGUUGAAAUUUGGCGCAACGCCGGCAUGGAGACGCUUCGGGGUCGCGGCGAGACGGCGGAUUUCACCCAGCGGACAGAGCGACGUGACCGGGCUGCUCUGGACGUGGAGUCCCAGAUCCUCCACGAGAUCAAGAACCGCACCAUGAGGACCAUGUGCAGCCAGAAGAACAUGCCCCACGAUUUAUGGUCCCUUGCGCCCUCACAGAGGAAGACCUUGCUGCAGCAUGUUCUGGUGAACGACAAGUACGGCUUCCUCUACUGCUACGUCCCCAAGGUGGCCUGCUCCAAUUGGAAAAGGGUCCUUAAGGUCCUAAGCGGGGCACUGGAGAGCGUGGCCGUCAAAGGGAAGAUGGACCACGAACAUGACCUCGUCUUUUUGGCCUCCAUGAAACCAGAGGAGAUUCGUUACCGCCUCAAGCACUACUUCAAAUUCAUGUUUGUGCGAGAUCCUAUGGACCGCCUGCUGUCCGCCUACAGGAACAAGUUCGGAGAGAUGGAGUCCUACCAAAAAAAAUACGGCGUCGAGAUCAUCAAGCGCUACAGGAAGGGCCGCCCGCUUGAUAACUCGCCGAUAACCGGAGAUGACGUCACUUUUGCAGAGUUUGUCCGUUACCUGCUGGAUGAAGAUGCGGAGCACAUGAACGAGCACUGGAUGCCAAUGUACAACCUAUGCCAGCCUUGCGCGCUCAACUACGAUUUCAUCGGCUCGCACGAACACCUAGAAAUGGAUGCCGAGUUUGUGCUCCAGCAAAUCGGGGCUCCAGCGCACGUGCGCUUUCCAGAGAGACAGUAUUGGUACAAGCCCGUCACCCCAGAGACGAUACAGUAUUACCUGUGCAGCCUUCCACAGAAGCUGCUGAGGGAACUCCUGCCAAAGUACAUCCUAGACUUCUCCCUCUUCACGUAUGCCCUCCCAAACAUUAACACUCAGUAUUGCCGGCAUUAAAAGUUUGUUAAAAAAAACAAAAACGGCAUUCAUUUGUACCAUAGUGUUUACAUCACAAGCACUGGAUUAGAGAUGUCCCACAACUGUGAACUUUCCAACCUUUCUAUCAAAUAAAAAUAAACCUUUCCACCAGACCGAAUGAUACACCAUGUUCUGUACACAAUCUGGUUACCAUACCAAUGACCCUACAAACAACACUGGAAUUUCAAUUCACAAACACAUUGCGAAGAGCUUCGAAGCUAUUGGCACUUCUGACGUGUUUAUUUCCACAAUUGUCGUACCUCGCGCCGGUCAGAGCUGUGUCAGCCUGUCUUAGAUUACAUGUCUACCAUGAAUUUACCAUGAAUUGAUUAACAUGGACUCGAGUUAAACAAGUUGAACAACUUAUUCGGGUGUUACCUUUUAGUGGUCAAUUGUACGGAAUAUGUACUGAACUGUGCAAUCUACUAAUAAAAGUAUCAAUCAAUCAAA